AGCCAUUGAAGUCGCCGUUGAGCCGGAACGCCGGAGGUAGUAUGGCGUGUGUACGUGAGCCAAAUCAGGGUCACCUUUCCUGUUUAUAGCUUUCACCCUCUUUGUUAAAGUAGGUUUACUCUUUACAGCGGACUUUCUGUUGGUCAGUCUUCUGCAGCUGGUGUUUGACUUCACCCGCCUGCUAAACGGACAUUUAGCGGCAGAUGACAGCGACAGGCGGGGUGUUGGUAGCUAUUCGGUGAUAAGAGAUAAACUGGGUAGAAAGGUGGCUGUCAGGAACAGAUAAAAUUGAAAGCAACGGUCCAAAAGUGACAAUGUAGCGGUUACAAGCUGUACGGAAGGACACGGUGUGUUGGCAGACCGGCUGGAUGUCCAAAAAUGUUUCUCCUGGUGGACUUACUGAACCAGAAACACAUCGACACCCUCAAAGACUGAGUCCGGAGAAAGAAAUACAAAGAGAUUUAUUUUUAUUUUUUUUGUCAGAAUCAUCAAUUAUCAUCUAUCAUUUGGUAAAUAGCUGUGAAAUAGGACGAUGUGUCUUUUAAUACGCGUGCCAGGCUGCACACACAAAGUGCAUCUAUCCAGGUUGAAGCUAAUGCAUCGUCCGAACCUCUCAGCUACCCUCCGGAGGACGAGGCAGUCCACCGGGCUCAAGUCCUUGCGCUUUCCGACCCCGGCAUUCUCUCUCUGGGCAGCUAGGCAGUACAUGCCGCGCGGCCCCUUCACGGGUCUCCCUGUACUUUGUUCAUACUCUCGGGUAUUCACUCACACACCUGUUGCCUUUGCUAGCUCUUCAGCAUCUUCUGGAAACGGACCUGCCGGAUCAGUGAAGACCGAGACCCCCACUGUUGUCCCCCUGAGGGAUCUUAAAAGGAUUAUACGACUGGCUUACCCAGAGAGAUGGAGACUGGCAGCUGGUGUAAGUUUCCUGACUGUCUCCAGUGCAGUAACGAUGUCAGCUCCCUUCUUCCUGGGCAGAGUGAUUGACACCAUUUACACCAGUGCAACAGACACCGAGACGAUGACGGCCUCGCUUACAUCGCUGUGUAUGAUGCUGGCGGGAGCAUUUCUGUGUGGUGGAGCAUGCAAUGCUGCCAGAGUCUACCUCAUGGAGUCCUCAGGUGAACAGAUUAUUCGUAAUCUCCGUGCCUCCCUCUUCUCCUCCAUCCUCAGACAGGAAGUGGCAUUCUUUGACAGGAAUAGGACUGGUGAACUUAUCAACCGGCUCUCCUCUGAUACAGCCGUGGUGGGCAGCUCGAUCACAGACAACUUGUCAGAUGGGCUGAGAGCCGUUGCCCAGGCAGCUGCUGGUGUCAGCAUGAUGUUCUACGUCUCCCCCAGUCUUGCGAGCUUUGUGUUGCUGAUUGUUCCACCUAUGGCCAUUAUUGCUGUCAUCUAUGGCAGAUACCUUCGCUCCAUCUCCAAGCGCACACAGGAUGCACUCGCACAAGCCACACAGUUGGCAGAGGAGCGAAUCAGCAACAUGCGGACAGUCAGAGCUUUCGGUAAGGAGCUGUUAGAAGUCGACAAGUACACACAGAAGACUGACCACGUCCUCAACCUGGCUAAGAAGGAGGCUGUGAUGCGGGCUGGUUUCUUCGGAGUGACUGGUCUGAGUGGUAACAUGAUGAUCCUGUCGGUGCUCUACAAAGGAGGUCUUCUGACAGCCAGUCAGCACAUGACUGUGGGAGAGCUCUCAUCCUUCCUCAUGUACACCUUUUGGGUCGGCAUCAGUAUCGCAGGUCUGAGUUCAUUCUACUCUGUGCUGAUGAAGGGUUUUGGAGCCGGGGCCAGGCUCUGGGAGCUGCUGGACAGAAAGCCUGAGUUUCCUCUGAAUGGGUAUACUUGCAGAAAUGGAAGUGUACUGUGCCCUGAGAAAAAAGGCCAAAUCAUUCCUGCAGACCAGCUGAAAGGCCAGCUCGAGUUCUGUGAUGUCUCUUUUGCCUACCCAACACGUAAAGAAGCCCCCAUUUUCCAGAACCUGAAUCUUUCGGUUCCUGCUGGUAGCAUCAUGGCUGUGGUGGGGACCAGUGGAUCAGGGAAAUCAUCCAUGGUUUCACUUCUCCUCAGGCUGUACGACCCCGAUGCUGGUAAGAUCACCAUAGACGGUCACGACAUCAGGGAUUUAAAUCCCUACUGGCUCAGAGGUCACAUUGGAACUGUUAGCCAGGAGCCGGUGCUCUUUUCCUGCUCUAUCAGAGAGAAUAUUGCAUAUGGAGCGAUGGAUCCAGAUGCUGUUACCACAGAGGAUAUCUACAGAGCAGCCAAAAUAGCCAAUGCCUAUGACUUCAUCCAGACGUUUCCUAAAGGCUUUGACACUGUGGUGGGGGAGAAAGGAGUGCUGCUGUCAGGUGGUCAGAAGCAGAGAAUAGCCAUAGCCAGAGCUCUGAUCAAGAAUCCAAAGAUCCUGCUUUUGGAUGAGGCUACCAGUGCGCUGGAUGCUGAGAAUGAGUCCCUUGUCCAGGAGGCUUUGGAGCGUCUGAUGGAAGGGAGGACAGUUGUGAUCAUCGCUCACCGUCUUUCUACGAUUAAGAAUGCCAACACUGUUGCUGUGCUGGACCAGCAGCACAUAGCUGAGUGUGGUCAGCCCACUGAGCUGCUAGGGAACAGGCAAGGACUGUUCAGGAAGCUGAUGGAGAAACAGGCGUUUCUGCAGGAAGAGCAGCAGCAAGAACUUAUCUCACAGAACAGGGAGCACAGAUACGUGAAUGACAGAGAAAUCAGGAGGUGAGAUCGGUGGCUGUGGUAACCUUUGAACUCCAGUGAGGGGAAGCCACUGGAAAAAACUAAAAAUAAAUAAACAAAAAGGUUUUUCUUUAGGGCUUAGACUUUACUUUCUGUCUUAUUGCUGAACAUGAAGAGUCGAUAACUCAAAUGUGGGUCAGUCAAUACUUUUUGAAAAUGUCUGAUUUUACCCUGGAAACAAAGUGUGAUUAAAAGUUAGUACUCCUCACACAGAUGGCUUAUUGCCAGCUGUGAUUUAAAACCGGUUUUAGGGGAAAAGCUCAAAUCCUGUUUUCUAUCAUUCAGACAUUCAAGAGGAAUUUUAAGAAUUUAAAUGUGAGACUGCGUCUGAUCCUCUUCUUCCAAAACAGUCUAGCUAAAUGUAUAUUUGUUUUUGUGUCUCUACUGCUGAUUUUUUUUUUAAUAUAUAAAGACUUGAAGCCUUUUGCUGUCACAUUAGAGUCUACAGGACUGAACACUAUUUUAACGCAUUUACAUUAAUGUAUGCACAUUUGUCAUGAAAAAUAUCGGUUUUGGCCUAAAAAUAUCAGCUAAGGUGAUACAUAUGUUAAAAUAUUUAUCUCAAAAAGAGUCCCUGUGAAUCAUAUUUAUAGUGGGACUGGUUCUCUAAGACAUUUAUUACGUUCAGUUACACUUUAGCUCUUUGUUUUCAGGAUUUAACUGACAGCCUUGAAACUGUUGAACUCUGUCUUUGUUUGUCAAAUGUAAUAAAAAUGAGUUCAGAUGCAAGGUAAAGCUGACUGAGGCUGCUGAGCAGGCACUUUUAUUUUUGGAGAUCUGCUGCUCUCAAGGAGGAAGGACACUGGAGUCAAGUCAAUAGCGUCUGUGCGGGUCUGCGUAUCAUCAAAAUGUCUAUCUCACUGUCUGAAAUCCACAUUCAUCGUCUUAUAUCGUCUUCAGAGAGUUACGCAGUGCAGAUGAGAGUUCAACCUGUUAAUUUGAAAAAGCAGAAAACGGCAUUGCACCUUUAAACAUGUAGCGAACCCCCCCCGAAUGAAGGAUGACACUUUACUGAUGAAGUUUUCAGGUUUAAUGGCAGUAAACCCUCAAUCUCACCGUAAGAGCUGAUGAUGUACACAAAAACAGCGUUUAAGUUGAAAAUCCAAACUCUUACAAACUUAAACAUUUAUAACAUAAAGUAAGGUUCUACAUAAAAUUUAACAAAUGUGGCUUUUGUCACACAAAACAUCUAAACAUGUCCUUAUCCAUACCUUGUGCCUCUGUCAAGGGGGCUGCUAAUGACAAAAUAAAUCUCCAUGGGCUCCGUUACACCAUUCCCCUUCAAACUCCACCGAUUACCGCCAGGCAGACUCAGAAGCGAUGACUCUCCUGCGUAAAUAUUAGGUUCAUAAAUGCCCUUUUCACGUCUCACUGAGAUUCUGUUUGAGAGGAUAUUCCUUAACUUUUAACCCAGACAUUUAAAUGUCCUGAGGCCAAAUUCCCUGCAUCUCUAUCAGAAACAGCUCCUUUUUAUUUGUAGCUGUAGAGUCCAGUUAACCUUUGUAACGAGUAGCUGGGAACAUUACUGAUUACAAGUCUGCACCAAGGACUAAACUCCUUUUGUAUUUUACUGAGAGAGUGAAAACAGGCAACAUGAAGGACUUGCAGAUUAUAAUGUUAUAACUUACACACAGACAUUAAUAUUACAUAUUAAUUAUGAACUAAUUAACCAUUUGGAACAGUGUAUGAGUAAUGGCUCAAAUACUGCAACAGUAAUUGUUUUUUUUUAUAAAACUGAAUCCAGCAUUGAUCUGCAGUGACUUAUCUUGUGUGUCACUUUGUGUGUGUGUGUGUUGUUUUGGAGAUGUUAUUAUUUUUAUUCAUUGCAGCAUGUAGACUGUAAGUCAGCAGGAUUUUAUCUGUGUGUUCUUUAUGUUAAGUAUAUUCAUCACAAGAUGGUUUAUUGUGGACACUUUUCUUCUUUAUCUUUAUUUUUCACUUUAGAAGAAAAUCAUUUUUAGUCAAAUCACAUCAGAGUUUCAUGUCACUGUGACAUGUUAGUCCACAUUUUAGAGCUAAGUAUGCUUGAAAAAGAUGCCUUGAAUGUCUUUUUGCCAAACCGAAGAAGCUGAAGAUUAAAUUCAAUCCACACUAAAGUGAAUGCUGAAUGUCCUUAAAAGCAUAUAGUAAAUCUAUGUGCUCACGCAACUCACACUUUCUUUUUCUAACUUGUAUAUAACAAGAUACAAAUAUGGCUGAAAGGACACAUGGUGGAUUUCUAAUGAUUUUUCUGUGGUUAAUAAAUUGUCAUACUUCUAUGUAAAGAUAAAUAAAGUGAAAUAUUCAUAA